AUGUUUGACAGCUCGCAGUAUCCCUACAACUGCUUCAAUGACGACGCCGACGGCUACCCCGCCGGCAGCUCCGACGAGGACCAGCGGCUCACGCGGCCCGCGUACAGCUACAUCGCCUUGAUCGCCAUGGCCAUUCAGCAGAGCCCCGCGGGCAGGGUGACCCUGUCCGGUAUCUACGACUUCAUCAUGCGCAAGUUCCCCUAUUACCGCGCCAACCAGCGCGCCUGGCAGAACUCCAUCCGUCACAACCUGUCCCUCAACAGCUGCUUCGUCAAGGUGCCGCGGACCGAGGGCCACGAGAAGGGCAAAGGCAAUUACUGGACGUUCGCGGGUGGCUGCGAGUCGCUGCUGGACCUCUUCGAGAACGGCAACUACCGGCGGCGGCGCCGGCGGCGCGGCCCCAAGCGCGAGGGAACGAGGGGCCCGUGCGCGGGGGCCGCACAGGGGACCCCGGGUCCGACCGAGCCGUCCACCGCGCAGGGGCCCCUGGCUGCGGACAGCGCUGGUGAGGGCACCCAGGGUCGCGAGCCCCCCGCCAGCCCCACUACCCCGGGGAAGGAGCAGCCCCGGGACCUCAAGUUCAGCAUCGACUACAUCCUCUCCUCCCCAGACCCCUUUCCAGGGUUCAAGCCGCCCGGUUUUGCACAGGAGGGCAGAUACCCACGGCUGGAGAACGUGGGCCUCCACUUUUGGACAAUGUGAUGUGGGGCCACUCUGGAGGCCCCUGCAGGCUCAGUCAGGGGUCUUCCCCAGACCCUCCCUGGAAAGAUGAUUCCAGCCCCACCUUAAGCCAAGA